GUAUCUCAAUCGAAUAUAUAAGUACAGCUGACUUCGGCACACCAUACCAAACGAGGUUGAAUUUCUUCCGAAGUCUGCUUCAGAUCUGCAAUAGAUCAUGAAACUACUUGCUAUCCUCUUAGCGCUCUUCGUUGGGGCGUCAGCCUGGAACCACGACCCCGGCUUCAAAGAUGGUAGAAACGUAAUCGUACAUCUCUUCGAAUGGCCUUGGAACGACAUUGCCGACGAAUGCGAAAGAUUUUUGGGUCCUUACGGAUUCGGAGGGGUGCAGAUCUCACCCCCUAAUGGGCACAUCAAUGGUGAUCAGUGGUGGACGCGAUACCAACCCGUUAAUUACUGGUUGAACAGCAGGAGUGGUAGUGAAAGCGAGUUCAAAUCGAUGGUGUGGCGCUGUAAUGCUGUAGGUGUCAAUAUAUAUGCCGAUGUCGUCAUUAACCAUAUGGCAGCCUGGAAUUAUGAAUUCGGGGAUGUCCCAUACUAUCCAGACCAUUUCAAUGUUCCCAAAGGAUACUGCCAUAGUUCGAAUGGCGAGAUCAAUGAUUAUGGAAACGUUGAAGAGGUGAGAAACUGUGACUUGGUAGGACUCAACGAUCUAAGUACCGGACAAGACUACGUUAGAGACAAAAUUGCUGGGUUCCUAAACUCAAUGAUUGACAUUGGAGUUGCUGGAUUUCGGGUUGAUGCCGCUAAACAUAUGUGGCCUGGAGAUCUUGAAAAUAUAUACAGUCGUCUCCACGGAAGUCCAUACAUCUACCAAGAGGUGAUUGAUCAAGGAGGCGAACCCAUUACGGCUGGUGAAUAUACCGGUUUGGGUGCUGUCACUGAGUUCAAACACUGCUUCAAAAUUUCUGAUCUUGGCUCCUGCAAUAAUGCUUUAUGUCACUACAUAAACUUUGGGCAGGACUGGGGUAUGCUGUCUUCGGACAGAGCUCUGGUUUUCGUCGAUAACCACGAUAACCAACGUGGCCACGGAGGUGGCGGAGGGGUGGUAACCUUCCACCAGCCUGCAAAUUACAAGAGAGCUGUGGCUUUUAUGCUGGCAUGGAACUACGGAACCAAGAGGAUUAUGAGCAGCUAUAGCUUCGACAAUACUGACCAAGGCCCACCAGGAAACGGUCCUAUCAUCAAUGGAUGGGGAACUUGUGAUGGUGGAUGGGUGUGUGAACACCGCUGGCGUCAGAUCCGCAACAUGGUAGGCUUCAGCAGGCAGGCUGGAUGGGAACCUGUCUCAAACUGGUGGGACAAUGGCAACAACCAGAUUUCUUUUUCCAGAGGCAACAAGGCCUUCUUCGCAAUGACAUGCGAAGGCCAGAUAUCGAGGGACUUUACUACAGGGCUUCCUGAUGGGAAUUAUUGCGACGUGAUAAGCGGCGAUCCUACCGAUACCGGAUGCACGGGAACGACCGUUUCGGUGAGUGGUGGUAAUGCCUACAUCACAGUACCUUCGGGAGAAGAUUCUAUGGUAGCCAUUCAUGUGGGUGCCAUGUCAGGUGGUGGCAACGGAGGUGGUGGCGGUAACCCAACCUCAAAUCCGCCCGGGCCCGACCCUACGUCACCAUCAGGCACUUCCCGCACCGUUAUCUUCAUCUACAAGCAAACCACGACUGGCCAAGAUAUGUUUGUUCUGGGUGGAAUUGAUCAUAACAGGCGUUCAGGCUGCACUGGAGAUGCUGAUACCAGCAACUGUGCCAUUCCAAUCAUCCACAGAACCGGAGGAACAAACACUAAUUUGAAUAACCAAAGAAUAGGUGAUGACUACCUUGACUGGUACGGUUGUGAGAGCGACCAAGGUUACGGCGCCGUGGGUUCCCCGAUGGUCUGGACCACCAACAAUCCUAGUAACGGAAAUACAGUCACAGACCAAGGCGUCGGAUACUUCGAUCUUAACCAGUGGGGUGAUCACUAUUGGAUGCUUGAUGUCGACAUGGACUGCAGUCAGACGGAGGGUGGAUGGUUUGAGGUGAAAGGUUUUGUCAAUGGUGGCGAAGGGUUUGAGGGUGACCUGGCUUGCGAUUCGUGCUCUGGGAAUGGAGGAGGAACACCACCUUACAGCUCUGGCAAUCACUUCGCUCGCUGUGGCUACAUUAACAAGUUUGCCUUCAACAGCAACGAAUGCGAAAUCAACUCCUUCUAAACAACCGCAUCUGGCCAAAAUAUGACUGUAUCGAAUUUACAUCAAUAUAAUCCCGUCUUAACAUAACGUGACCUUCGUCCUUACAAACAUACAUCCGAACUCUAAUAUACGCUUACGAUUAUUGAUGGAAUUAUGUGCGCGCAAUGAUGGUAACAUCACGGUAGCAGAAAUACAUCCACGAAAACAUAAAUUGCAUGACGCGACGUAUAUAUUGGCCUAUGUCCGCAAAUAUACAGAUUAAAAAAUAAACUUGGUCGGAAAUGAA